UAGUAUUAUUUUAACUAGAGCUCGUUUGACUUGCUAAUUUACACUAAUCUUUCCCAACUAUCAUUUGUCCUUGUGCCAUUAGGUCAAAAACAUUGGCCAUAUUUUAGUUGCUUAGCUUAAAUCCGGCCAAUAAGUUAUCAGAUAAAGAUUAUAGAAUUCGACAAUAACUUAACACAGAUAGAAUAUUACUUACAAAUUUCAUUUUAAGAUGAAAGAACUCUUAUAUGUAACAACAAAUACACUAGAUAAUCCAUGAAAAAGACGUUAAAUAGAGUUUAAUUUCUUCGAACACUUUCAUUGAGAAGGGAUUUGAGAGAAAAUUAGAUUUUGGAGGUCAAAACAUUAAAAAACGUAAACAUUGGGUACCAAACUUGGAUAAUUUACGUUGGGCCAGUAAGAUACUAUAAAAGUAUUGAAAAAUUCUUUACAAAGAAAUAGUAUGAGUCUUCAAUUUGGCUGCAGGUUAAGAUUAAGGGGUUCUCUUCAUACUUUUACUUCUCACAUCUCCGCCGCUCUGUUAAAUCCCCCUCCUCAUCCACCGUCGGCCCAUCUAGGUUUCCGUCCAACCAAGUCGAUUUCCACCGCCGGGGAUGUUGGAUAUCAAUUUGUUCCGGGAAGACAAGGGUAACAACCCUGAAGUCAUUAGGGAGUCCCAGAGGCGUCGUUUUGCCGAUGUCAAUCUUGUUGAUGAAGUUAUCCAGCUUGACAAACUAUGGCGUCAGAAGCAGUUUGAGCUUGAUAAUUUGAGAAAAGACCUCAACAGGCUCAGCAAAGAGAUUGGCCGUCUUAAAAUUGCAAGCAGAACUGCCACCGAUACUGAAGAAAACAACAGAUUGACAGAAGAAAAAAAUGCAGAAGUUAAGGAUAACAAAACAUUGACGGAAGAAAAAACUGCAGAAGUUAAGGACACAUUGGCGGCCUUAAAUGCAAAACUGCAGAUUAUUGGCAAUCUUGUGCACGAUUCAGUUCCCAUUAGUAACGAUGAGGCAGAGAAUAAAGUUAUUCGAACCUGGGGGGAGAAGAGGACUGAACAAAACCUAAAAAAUCAUGUUGAUCUGGUUGAACUUCUUGGAAUUGCGGAUACGGAAAAAGGUACAAAUGUAGCUGGAGGCAGAGGUUUCUAUUUGAAAGGAGAUGGUGUUCUUCUGAAUCAAGCUCUCAUUAAUUAUGGUCUCCAAUUUUUGAAGACAAAAGGAUAUCAAGCUCUGCAUACUCCAUUUUUUAUGAGGAAAGAAAUAAUGGGGAAGUGUGCCCAAUUGGCUCAGUUUGAUGAAGAACUUUAUAAGGUAACUGGUGAUGGAGAUGAUAAAUAUCUGAUAGCAACAGCAGAACAGCCAUUGUGUGCUUAUCACAUGGAUGACUGGAUCCAUCCGUCCGAGCUUCCACUCAGAUAUGCUGGAUAUUCGUCGUGCUUCCGCAAAGAAGCCGGCUCUCAUGGUCGAGACACUCUUGGAAUCUUUAGAGUUCACCAGUUUGAGAAAGUAGAACAAUUCUGUAUAACUAGCCCAAAUGGCAACGAUUCUUGGGACAUGCAUGAGGAAAUGAUCAAUAACUCUGAAGAGUUUUAUAAGGAGCUAGGACUUCCCUACCAAAUUGUGGCGAUUGUGUCUGGUGCCCUUAACGAUGCGGCUGCAAAGAAGUUAGAUUUAGAAGCAUGGUUCCCUGCUUCCAAAGCAUAUAGAGAGCUUGUGUCAUGCUCUAACUGCACAGAUUAUCAGUCAAGAAGAUUGGAAAUUCGCUAUGGGCAGAAAAAGAGUAAUGAACAAGCGAAGCAGUAUGUGCAUUUGUUGAACUCUACCCUCACAGCUACAGAAAGAACCAUGUGUUGCAUUCUUGAAAACUAUCAGAGAGAGGAUGGUGUUGCCAUACCGAAAGUCUUACAGGAACAUAUGGGUGGAGUAACAUUCCUUCCUUUCAAGAAGAAACCCGGCAAAGAAGGCCAGGGCAAGAAGUCCAAGGCAUGA